AGCUAGCUAGUGGAGGAGCCAAACAAAACUGUUCGCCCGAGCUUGACGAUUCAGUCUGAAAGGAAAAUUCGUGUGAAAAGGAUCCUCCGUCUCCUUUGUGUGCGCAUAUUUUUAGCCAGCCAGCAAUAUCAGCAGCAGUACAAUAGCUUCUUACCGAGCUAGGAUACAUAGCAUACAUAAGGCUAUAUAGCGACAAGAGAACUUUGUUGUCUUUUUUCCCGAUCAAUUGUGCAAUUUUCAGCUGAUUUUCUUCGCGCUCCCCUGCUGUGCAAGGAAAAUCAUCAACCCCCCACAAAAAUAGAAAUCAAGUGCAGUGUGCAAUAAUUGCCCGUUCGUAACUCUGUAAAGUGUGUGAUUUUAGUUUUCCGCUUAAGCCAAACCAAGUGACGACGAGUGAGGAUCUGUGAUUCCUUUCGGACCCAAUCGACUGAGAAAAAAAAGUGUUUGUUUCAAUCAAUAAAAAAACGGUUUUCUUUUUUCCAACAAAAAGGGAAACUUCUCUUCAGCUUGCCAUCUCUCAAAGUCAAGUAACUGUUAAGUAACUGUACAGCUCUUAAGAGAACAAAACAGAAGUGAAGUGCGAAUCAUUUUCCGAGCAAUCUUCAAUUUGUCCAAAGCUACCGUGAAAAUUUCCCGAGUACAACAAAAUAAGUGAAAAACUCAACCCCCUUAUUUCGGAGUGCCACAGCAAGUCCUUAGAAGCGAAGCCAACAGAGAACAACCUCUCAGCUUUUCCCUUCGCGUCCGCGCAAAGUUCGCUUAAAUGAGUGAUACAAAUCAGAAAUGUUUCGGCAAAACUGGUGGAUUCUCUAUCAAUUUUAAUCAAGACUAUACAUCGCUCUCCGUGGUAUCCAAGCAAGGAUAUCGAUUGUUUUCACUGUCAUCCGUCGAUCGAGUGGACGAAAUCUUCUGCAGCCAUGACGAGGAUAUACGAAUCGCUGAGCGGUUGUUCAGCAGCAGCCUGGUCGCGGUCGUUACCGCAAGUGAGCCGCACAAACUUAAGGUGUGUCACUUUAAGAAAGGGACGGAGAUCUGCAACUACAGCUACCCGAAGGAUAUCCUGUCGGUGAAACUGAACCGCUCGAGGCUGGUAGUAUGCCUGGAGGACAGUAUUUAUAUUCAUAACAUCCGUGAUAUGAGACUGCUACAUUCCAUCAAGAACAUGGCGCCGAACGCGGCCGGUCUGUGCACGCUGUCGCUCUCGUCGCACCUGGCGUACCCGAUCUCGUCGACGGCCGGCGAGCUGCAGAUCUUCGACGCCGGCAAUCUGACGUCCCGGCUGAAGAUCAAGGCGCACGAUUCGCAACUGUCGGCGAUGAACUUCUCGUUCAACGGGACGCUGCUGGCCACGGCGUCCGAGAAGGGCACCGUGAUCCGGGUGUUCUGCGUCAAGAACGGCCAACGGGUGCACGAGUUCCGGCGGGGUCUCAAGCGCCACGUCAGCAUCGGAUCGCUCAACUUUAGCAUCUGCGCGAGCUACGUGGUCGCUAGCUCCAACACGGAAACCGUACAUAUCUUCAGGAUCGACCCGAAGUCGAUCGAACAGGCGGAACGCCGGAAUUGCAUCGACGCCGCCACGGCUACCAAUACGGGUACCAGCAAUAAUAACGAGGGAGACUCGGAAACCGGAAGCGACUCGGAUAAGGCGGACGACGCCUCCAACGGUGGGUGGGGAAUGAGCUUCCUGACCAAGGCCGUUUCGGCGUACUUCCCAACGAACGUUGUGACGGACGUUUUCUCGCAGGACCGUGCCUACGCUACGGUCCAGCUGACCGAAGCGGGCCUUCGCUACGAGUGUGUCAUCGCCAAGGUGGAAAAGGAGACGCGGCUGCUGUUGGCCUGCGAGGACGGGUUCCUCUACAUGUACGACUUUGACGACUCGAAGGGCGGCGAGUGCAAGCUGAUUCGGGCGCACGAUCUCCGGCUGCCGCUGCAUGGAAUUACAGAAGUGGACAUCGGCGGCAACGAGAACGACACAUCCGUCCUGAACGUAUCGAUGACCAACUCGAUGAUGCCGGCGCCUGGCACCUACGCCGGAGUCCUCAAGGGACGUCCCGGAGACCGAAUGUCAGCAGAUUCGGACCGUUGCCGGGACCUGCGGGAAGCCGUUGAGUACCCGAUCAAGAGCACCAUCCCGCUGUACGACGAGAUGCAGUUCCCGCCGGUCACCCCGAUCACCGUCGAAUGACUAGCCAGCGAUGCGAUCCGGACGCCCAAGAUCAGUUCCGUUGGUGGUAGUGGCGGCUGCAAGAAGCGUCACGCCAAGUAAGUUCCGAGGCCACACGAUACGGGAUCUCGAGGAGUUCACAGACCCUACUACUACUGCUACGCAUAUACAAACUACACGAGAAGACACGGACACACGAGUACGGAACAAACCUACCGCAACCAACCAACAGCUUCGUGUUUCGGAUAUUUUUCUUUUUCUUUUUUUUUUUUCGUUUCUAGAUGUACAGUUCUCUGAAGAUGUGUAUCUCUCUGUUAUUGCUUUUAUAAUUCUUUGAAGAUCGUCUGAGCUAUUUUUAUUUCGUCUGUUAAGGUAAUGUGUUUAUAGUUUAGCAUCUGUAAGUGUCUACUUUUUUCUCUGACUAUUUUCUAUCUCCGAUAAGCAUAAGAAUUCUAUUGGCAUUUGCGUAUUGUGACUUGCCUGCGCUUCUUAGCAGUCAUCUGUUGCCCAGGUAACCGAGAGCCGGCAUGUUGCCUCCCGUCUGACACUGGCAAUGCGAAGACGGAAGUAGUUCUUGGGUUACUAGGAUGGUGUAUUCAAAAAGAGUGAAUAAAAUGUGAAAAAUAGUCAAAAACAAAAAAAAUCUCAUGUCUUUGUUGCUAAAACUACAAAACAGGUCGUAGCGUAAAAAAAACAAGCAAUAGUAUUGACGGCAAGUCAGAUAAAUUUAAUUUAGAGUGUAAAAGCCAUCAUGCCCCCUCUUUCAUGCAAGUUUCAUCAAUUUCUCUAAUAAAAUUUCAUCGAAGCGUUUUGUGUCCGUUACUGGACAUCAUUACAAAGCCAAUCAUUUUUAUCCUUAUUUCAUCGGAAUGGCAGAUAAGCGAAAUGUGUUACGUGAAAACCAAGCAAGCAAACGCUUUCAGCUAACUGCCAUACAAAAAAAAACGAUAAGUGUACCCUCUACUACUAGUAGUAAAUUGUCUGAAAACCCUGAAAAAAUGAUACCAAAAACAGUAUAAAACGUCGUGUAAAAAUCUACAAAAAAUACUCAAGUGUUAAGAUAAUUUUAAGUUUUCCACAAAAAAAAAAAUGAAAAUAAACAUGUGAAAAGUAUACAGAGAGAUGAUGAAACAAAAUAUAUUUUCUUAUUUAUUAUUUUAGAGCAAGUUGUAAAUAUCAUUUUCUUUCGUGUUUCCUAGUUAUUUUCACCGCAAAGAGCACAAGUCUUUUGAUUUAGAGGAAGAACAAAC